CCACGUCAUACAACCUGAGGAGUUUUGCCCUGGAAUAUUUCCUUCCGGAUCGGCGUUAUUCAGGGACGCUUUAACCAGACCUGACGUCUCGCAAAACACCCAUCCAGUUCGAUAAGUUUGCGGUCAAGCACACUGCACACUCCCCGACCACCGCAGUUCGGGGGCCCUCCAACACAUCCAACCUAAUCUAAUCGCCUAUUCACAUUAAAAUACACAAUUCAUGCCCCCACGCCGCCGGGCCCCUCGAGCGGGCUCUCGAACUGACCUUCCACCACUGAAGAUUGUCCGGAAGAUCCUCCUCCUUCAAGUCGCCUACUAUGUCACCGCCACGGCUCUCAUCCUCUUUACAACGGUCGUCUACGGCACGCCCUUCUCCCUCGACCUUGUCUUCAGUUGGAAUGCCCUCCGCGGCGAUACUACCAUUGGAUGGAUGCUUGGCUUGGUGUGGUUGUUGACUAGUGGGAUUGGGGUUAUAUUCCUCCUUCUUCUCGUCGCUCGGUCCAAGCUUAUCCCCGACUUCGCCCUAACCCUACACUUCCUCCACCUCAUCGCUACAACCUUGUACACGCAUUCCGUGCCCGCGAAUUGGCUCUGGUGGGGCCUGCAGGGUGCGAGUGCCGCGUUCAUGACAUUCUUGGGCAUUUGGGCCUGUCGUUGGCGGGAACUGCAGCCUAUCAGUUUUGGUGGUAUUGGCGGAGGUAGCAGCAGUGGUGGUGGUAUAUCUGCUGGAGCUUCAGGCGGUGGUGAGGCGCAGAGCGGUGCUGGCGGUGAGGAGUCAUUCUCACUGUCGAGGGGUAGAGGAAGGGGACGAGGCUUGCGCGAUAGUAGCAGUGGCGGGGAUGAGUAUGAGAUGGUGGAAAUGAAGGGUGACGCGGCAGUAUAGAUUUCUUUUUUUUUCCCUUCUUUUUCCCUUUUCUAUGUCAUGACCUUAUCACCCUAUGAUCUCCUUUAUUGACCUUGAGUACGUGAGACUAUCACUGGAUGUGGUUAUGGUCUUUUUCACGUUUGCUCUUAUUCCUUUCUCAUGUAUACCCUAGCUGGCUGGUACCUGCAUUGGUGGCGUUGUUGGAUUGGAUUGAUGCCAAUUACUUCUUUUCAUAUUGUGAUCCUUGAUGUGUUGAUUUUGAAUUCUUACUUUGUGAAAUAUAUAUUCAUCCUGCUGUGGCGAUCAAAAGGACUUAGAAGGCACUGGCGUCUAUAUCCAGAUGUACUACUUUAGUACAUAGCGCGGCAUUAGAACAAGGACCAUAGAUUAUAGUCAAAAAGAG